AUGUAUAAUAUAAUUAUGAUUCAAAAUAACCUUUUUUAGCCUUUGCUGCUAAUUGUUAAUUUGUGUAUAAGGUAGGACCUUCUCAUGGUUAAAUUACUUUUAAUUUGGAUUAAUUAGAAAAAAAAGAUUUAAGUUAAAAAUAUAUCUUUUAAGAUAUAUUAGAAUUAGUUAUCCAUGAAACGACUCAUCUUUUGGGUUUUUCACAACACUCUAUACCUUUAUGGAUAUAAUCUGAUAAAAGUCUUUAUAAAGAACCUACUAUAAAAAAAAAAUUAAGGGGAAUUGAUACUUUAUUUCUCAAAACUCCUUAUGUUUUAUAUUUUGCUCGAAAAUAUUUUGGUUGUCCUUCCUUAGAUGGUAUGCCUCUUGAAAAUAUAGGUGAAAAUUUUGUAAAUUCUCAUUGGAAAAACACAAUAAUCAAUAGUGAAUAUAUGA